AUGGGUAACGACGGAGGCUCUAUCCCCAAACGCCGCGAACUCGUCAAGGAAGCCGCCCGCGCCCUGACUGUUAGCGAGCUGAAGGCAAAUGCUUUGGAAUCCCUGGGUCAUGCCUGGACACACGACGCCCUCACGAACGAACCGCUUGACAAGGAGAAUGUCGUUUCGGACUGGCGCGGUCGCCUGUACAACUACGAAACCAUCCUCAAGUCACUUUUGCCCUCCGAUGACACCACUGCUUCGCCACCGACAACCCCUGAAUCCCCAGAGCUCACAUUCAGCUCGACGGGUAUCAAGUCGCUGCGCGACAUCGUCAAGCUCAAGUUCCACCAGUACACUCCGCCGUCGAAGAAGGCCAUCUGGGCCUGUCCCAUUUCUCUGAAGGAGCUUGGCCCUGGAGUCAAGGCUGUAUACCUCGUACCGUGUGGCCACGUCUUUGCCGAAGUGGCUAUUAAAGAGAUUCAAGAAUCAUCAUGUCCUGAAUGCAGCGAACCAUUUACGAGCGAAAAUGUUGUGCCAAUUUUGCCAUCUGAGGAGGGCGACAUGAAGAAGUUGGUACAGAGGAUGGACGAUCUUAUCGCAUCUGGUCUUACGCACAGUUUGAAGAAGGACAAGAAGGCUGGUGGCAAGAAGAAGCGCAAGGCGGAGGGGGAUUCCAAGGAGGACAGAAACGGCGAUGCUCCGGAGAAAAGAAGGGCAACGGACGAUGCAAAGGCUACAAAAAAGGAGGCAUCCGCUGGCAGAAUAAGCGGUAUCAACAACCCAAUGGCUGCAUCAUUGACGGCCAAGGUCAUGGCUGAGCAAGAAGAACUCAGCAAACGGAGGAAAAUCGCAUCAAAAGCGUAG